UCUACACACCCAUAUCUCAUCCAUCCUCGUCAACCAUCAUCAUCCUCUUGUACCUUUAAUCCAAGCCAUACAGAAUCAGGCAAGUUCUUGGUUUUUUUUUUCAAAAAAUUAACAUGGAAGGUUUAAUUCCAUAUCUUAUUCAUGCCAUCAAGAAGCAACAACAACACAAGUCUCCUUCCAGAACCUAUCGCCGUAGCUUCUCUCAUAAUUCCGACAGCUCCAACGGCCGCAGCUAUCAUUUGCUCCUCGGAUCCGAUUCCUUUGGCGGGUCAUCCCACCGCAGGACCCGCUCCGACUUCCCUGUGUCCACGGCCUCCGCUGCCGCCGCAGAGUUCUCGGAUCACCGGUAUGGCAAGGACGGGUUCCUGGUCAGCCCAAGAGAUCCUCCUCCUUUCCUCUCUGCUGCCUCUCCCGCUGCAAAAUCUGCAGCUUCAUCUCAUGCUUCUCAAUUAGUUUCUCGUAAUUCCAACAACGUUCGGAAGUACUGAGGAUUUCAUUUUAUAUUGUCCAUGGAAACACACACAAGGUUGAUUUUUUUUUUCCUGGUCUUUUUCAUCUAUGGCUGUUUUAAUUUUUAUGGUGGAUUUGUUUGUUUAGUAUGGUUAUUCAUCUUCAACCAUGAUCGAUUGGGUAACCAUAUCAUAAAUUCUUCUGUAAUGAGAAUGUGGAUAAUUUCUCUUUUUCUUU